UUUGUUCCAAGUCUGGAUUUUAUUGUCUCGUUAAAGGCUUUGAAAUUCUUUUGUAUUUCACAACUUGUUUGCAUUGAAGUAUUUAUCUAUACUAUAGUAUUAUUUUUUCUCCUAAUCGUUUCAAGUUGUUUAAAUUAAUUGUUUUCGUCACUAUUUGACUUUACGUUUAAAUACCGGCGGAAGACAUUCGCCUCCGCUGCACUGCAUUGGUCCGGAACUCGGAGGGGUCGGCUAUGAGUAAUACCGUUUCUCGUGCUGAGUGACGUCGUGCAGCGGCUGCCUGCGAGCGGCUCGGGCUCGCACAUCAGUCCGAUACAGUGUAGAGGCGCGACAGGACCCGCCCUCUUUGCGCCCCCACACCCUCAUUCGCAGUUUCGCACUUACGGUAUUACCGCAUUCUAUUGAUCUUCUAGAACGGUUAAUACACAUUACGUAUCGUUAUCAAAAACGUGAUAUGGAUAGCGCCGACGCUCUUCUCGGAGGCCUUGCAGGCGGCGACGCCGUAGUUCCCAUCGGAGCAUCGCACUCUGAGCAAUCUCUGAAGCGCGACCAGGAUUCAACGGACGACUUCGAGCACCUGGACCGAGAGAGCAAACAUGAGACUAACGAGUCACCUCUGCAUCAACCGCGCAUCGCCAGUCAGAAUUUCCUCGCUAUGGAACGCGAUGAUCCAUUCGUAGAUAUGCCUCGUGCCCCAUCAGUUGCAGAGAAACUAGCUGACCAGCUCGCUGAUAAAUUUACUGACAGCGAGUCGGACGCUGACACCGCGGGCGAGUCGCCCCUUCACCGCCCUAACCCGGUGCCGCAGGCUAAGCCUACCGUGCCUACGCCGGAACCGACUCCCGUGGCUCUUGAUCCUACUCCUGUCCUCGCACCUACUCCAGCACCGGCGCCAGUGUUAAAACCAGCGUCGGAGCCGAUUCCACCGGAGCCCAAACCUACUCUUGUGCCCGAACCAGUCCAGCCUCCCCUUGUAGCGCCUGCCCCAGCGCCGGCCCCGCAGCCAGCCGCUGCGACGCCAGAGCCCGCCCGUGCGCCUGUGGCACACGUCAUCGAAGCAGAAGUCAUCUUCUGCCAGAUGGGACUUGAUGCCUGGUUCGACCCGCAGAGGCUGCAUCCCGAAGUGGAGUCUCUGAUCUACUGGCGCAAUGCGGCGCGGUCGGGGGCAGCCCUGGGCGCCGGGCUGGUGCUCCUGAUAGCUCUGGCCUGCUGUUCCGUGGUGUCGGUGUUAGCCUACGCCUCCCUCCUCGCGCUGUCGGCGGCUGUCGCCUUCCGCAUAUACAAAAAUGUGCUCCAAGCCGUACAGAAGACUAAUGAAGGACAUCCAUUCAAAUGGCUGUUGGAGCAAGACAUCAGCGUGCCGGCCGAGCGCGCGCAGUCGCUGGCCGCCGCCGCCACCGCGCACCUCAACGCUGGGGCUAGCGAACUCCGCAGGCUGUUCCUGGUGGAGGAUCUGGUGGACUCCCUGAAAUUCGGCGUCCUGCUGUGGUGUCUCACGUACGUCGGCGCCUGCUUCAACGGAAUCACGCUCAUCAUCCUCGGCUGGAUAGCGCUGUUCACAUUGCCGAAGGCGUACGAGAUGAACAAGGCGCAAGUGGACGCCAACCUCGAGCUGGCGCGCGCCAAGAUUAACGAGAUCUCCGCCAAAGUGAGGGCAGCGGUGCCGCUGGGCAGGAAGUCAGAGAGUGAGAAGGACAAGUAAGCGGCGCCAGCCACUUCGACGCGACAGCGACGCGACUCUGCCGCCACCGCGCCGCGACCGCCGCCACCGCGCCACGCGGCGCCGCGACCGAACACAGUUCUUUCAUUAGCGCCGGAGUACUUCAAUCACUGUUUGUUAUAUUUAUUAUUAUUGUAAUAUUAAAGAUAAUACUUUACGUGUAAAGCUUUAUGAGACGAGUCAUGCGGAGAUUGUAUUUGCUUUUUGAAAUUUUAAAUUAAAAUACCUGUCGAAAA